AUGUUCACAAAAUGUUUGCCUGUCGACCGCACUGACGUAACGCUAGUCGCAGGCGGCCCUUCCGCCCUCUGGUCUGCACUUGAUGUUCAAUCUUUGCAUCUUGCCAUUGCUCCUACACACCCAUUCCACAAUCUGACCAAAUACGUGCCUUUGGCCGACGCGAUUCUGCACAACUCAACUAAAGUCAUUUGGUUCCAAAAUUACGAAUUCUCCACGCUGAGGAACGGCCCCUUGAUGCAAAUUAGCAAACACCCAGCUGGCUCUGGCAGGACGUCCCACGGUAUCCUUGUUGCAGUACCCUCCGCCAUCUGA